CUCUCAAUCCUGGUGUACUCACUUUCUUCUCGCAGAUUUUCACAACGAUGUUCUGCUCCUGUUACACAUUAUAGAAUUAAUCUUGCUGCAAGAAAUAUCACUGGCAGCGUAGCCAUGUCGACCACAAUGCUACCUUUCUUGUAUCAAACCAGGACUCUAUCUGGGUUCCUUCUCACACCUCACUCCUUCCGAUCGAUAUCUUGCCAUAGGACCGUAUCCCGGCAUCUAAGCUCAUCUGCUCAGAGGUUCCGCGGAUUUGAUUUUGACAACAUUCCAACGACAACAGCCGCCAACCCGAGCGAUUCGGAAGAUACAACCUCAGCACGGAAAGCUGGUUAUAGUUUGAAGUCGCAGUCAGCUGGCAAUAGGAGAAGCAUUCCAUCGAAUGUUCGAGACGGUGGAAGAUACGGUGAAAAUCCCAAGUCGAGAGCUGCCCGACCAGAGAUUAUCGAUGAUUUGAAUGAGGGGUUUUCAAUGCCCGAGAUUAGUUUGGAGAUGGGCGCCAAUGGAGACGCAUAUCAACCAAAAGAGUCUACAAUAACAACCAGAGAGAAGAUGGCUUUUCAAAAAAUCUUCUCUGACAUUUUCGAGCGCUCCCAGAAGUCGAACCCAACUACUCCCGAAAAAGACCAGAAAGCCCUAUUGAACAUUGGCAAGACUGGCGACCGAGCGAAAGCUAAGAAUGCCCUCAAUAAUAUCCUCACGACUGCCAUUCGGAAACAAUCCAAAAGUCGCCUAGAAAUCGAAGAUGCCAUAAGUUCAUAUCCUCCAACUUUGCGUGAAGGUGCAGCAAAAGCAAUGCUCAGCGUUCCUAUACUAGAGAACGACGAAGUAGGCCAUGAUGAAGAGAAAGCAAACCAAUUAUCAAUGAAGAUAAAAGCCGCAGAGCUUGAGAAUAUGAGGGCACCUGAGCGACUCCGGGUUGAGACACUUAUGAGGAAUGCCAAGACCGAUUUCGAGCUGUGGGAAGUGAUGGAGAAGGAAGUGUUCUCAAUGAUUUCCAGACUGGGACUGGAAGAAAAUCCCAAACUUCCAGAAGGACCUAAAACCGACAAAAAACAAAAGGGCUGGAACAAAAAGGAAAAGAAACAAUCAAAAGAGCAGGAGCAGGUUGCGGACAAGAAAACUAGCAAAGAGACAGUUGAUGGAAUUCCUGCACUUCAACUUCUUGGUCCACUCUACCCGUCAUAUCUUCUAUUGGGUCUACGGCUGUUGGAUCGAUCAUUCACGAAACCUUCUCCCCUUGCAUUGUCUAUCCUCCCUAAAAUCAAAUCUCUCGGCUUCAUAUCACAUGUGCUCGGCGCCAAUACGCAGCUGUACAACGAUCUCCUACGCAUUUAUCGAUACAGAUACGACGAUUUCGAAGGCAUGCUCGACCUCAUGCGUGAAAUGGAGCAAUCUGCCCUGGACAUGGACGAGGAGACGUUGACUAUUGCGCAAGAUGUCAUGAAAAUGCAGGCCAGCGUCACAAGUCUCGAACGAGGCGAAGCAGUGAAGGCAUUAUGGACUAUGCCUGAGUUUGCUCCUCGGAAAUUCGGUAGCUGGAGAGAAAAAAUAGCCAGUGGCAUCGAAGAGAGGAAGCAGAAUGCUAGCACUCGGAUCUACUGAGCAAUAGCUUGGAUGUAUAAAAUGUAGAAAGUAUUUUGUUUCCAUUCUCCAAAUCAUUUAUCCUACAUGGGUAUAAGUUAUGUUCUUCGUUUUGUCAUCUCAAAGCCAAAAAUAUGCCCAAUUCGCCCUCCGAUACGUUGUCGUCAAUUUGAGCCCCAGCCUUUUCCUUUGAAUUCAGUAUCGUUUUUUACCAUUCUGUUUGCUUACAGCGUUCGUUCAAGCCCGAGCAGUCU